CUUUGUCAAAUGGAAGACGAUGUUAGCGAUGUAAGUGACGAUGAAGUCAAACCUGGUCUCUCUGAGUCUGUCGAUGUCAAGAGUCUUGCUGGUGAUUCUGACGAUGAGUUUAGUCUGGACCACCAAGAUAAUGCUGUCUGGCUAGUCAAAGUCCCCAACUUUCUAGCUGAAAAGUGGAUGCAGAUUGGUUUCACUCAUGCUGGAAAGGACCUUGGCCAAGUCAGGAUUGAUAAAGAAUCCACCAUGCAAGGAAACAAUCCUAAAGUCACCCUUCAUAUCCCCGAUGAGCCUUGGUCUGCAGAUCUUCCAAAAAACUAUAAUCUCAAGUUCACCAACUUGGCACCUAAAAACGAAUAUGUAUUUACUGAAACAAGUCAGGGCCGAGCAGUGGGCAUUGCUGGAAUUGUUCAACAUGAAGCCACGGUCAGUCCAAUGGUCACUGAUGCCACGCAUAGUGCUCACUACCAGCGCAUCAUGAAAAAGAGAACCACAACUGCUGCAACCCCAAGUCGCGUCGUCAAAAUGAUUGACGAGAACAAGACUGAGCAUCGUAGACUCAUGGGGUCUGCUUCGUCUGAUACUUGGAACGCUGGUCUCGAACAUAUCAAGCAAAAAAAGUCUUCCAAAUCUUUAGACAAGCGUGAACGUAUGACUCGGAGUGAUCUACUCAACGUACUAUUUCCCCUGUUUAGUGGGUAUCCAUAUUGGAAUUUCAAAGGCUUGGUUGAGCAAACAAAACAACCUCACGCUUGGCUAAAAGAAAUUUUGGCUGAAGUAUGUAUUUUGAACAAGCGUGGUCCUUACACUGGUAUGUAUCAGCUUAAACCCGAGUUUGUCCUGGGAGGCCAAAAACCGUCCAAUCGACCAGAAAAAAGCACAUUGGGCUCCUUUCCAUCUUCAACCUUUUGAAGUUGGAUCCAAACCCUUUACUUUCAAAAAAUCAAUAGCAUCGAUACUAUUAUUUUAAAAUAUCAUUCUAUUUGGAAAGUUCAAUUGGAACCAACAAGGUCUGCGGAUGUAUUGUAUUGAUCCCAUAAUGCCAAGAGCAUAGCAGGUGUUUAAUUUCAAUCAAAUAAAUUCAAAUAGUCUUCAUAUC